AGCACGGUACUUUGCUGUCCGUGCCGUCUGUGGCGGGCACAGUAACGCAUGACUACCUUCAGAGAAAAUUGGCAGAUAUUUUUUUAUUUUUUUUUUUAUUUUUUUAUUUUUUUGAAAGUCGGGUCAGGGAGAUGUGAGCGCUCUGAAGAAGGUGUCCGGCACUAAAGCCUUCCAGCAUGGCUGAACACAUCAUCCCAAAUCCAUCAGUGGCUGCGACUUAAAACAUGAAUAUUUGUCAUUUCUAUUAAGCUUCUCUGGACUAAAAAUGACAAACGCUGGCAGUGUUUCUCUUUCUAAAUAUGACAUUCUGCCAAGGAACCCUGGCCAGGGCCACAUGAUCAGUGGAGUGUUGGCAAGAACCACAGCAUCUACAAAUUAACUAGAAGAGCAGUUUAUGCAGCAGACACAUCUUUUAUCUCCUGCAUUAGGAGGAGCAGAAAGAGCCAGUGGGUUGAGUCUAAUAACUGAGGAACACAUGAGACAUUAGUGUUAUCAAUCCCAUAACAGCCUAAAUACAUCCAACGCAUCACAAUGGUUCCUGCUGAGAACAUGAGUAUUUUCCCUGCCGAAGAUCACUGUCCCAACUGCAGCUCCUCCACCUACCCAGGUGUGGAUGUAACCAAGGUGGUGGUUUUGGGGAUGGUGCUGGUGGUGUUCGCAGUGUUCGGUGUCCUCGGCAACAUCCUGGUGAUCCUGUCAGUGUUGUUCCACCAUCACUGGCGCUCUGUGACACACUAUUUCAUCGCCAACCUGGCAGCAGCAGACCUGCUGCUCAGCUCCGCCGUCCUGCCCUUCUCCGCCACCUCAGAGGCUCUCGGCAGAUGGGUGUUUGGCCGGUCCUUCUGCAGCGUCUGGGCCGCUCUGGAUGUGCUCUGUUGCACUGCCUCCAUCCUCAGCUUGUGUGUGAUCUCCAUUGACCGCUAUGUGGCCGUCAGCUACCCACUGCGCUACUCUGCUAUAGCUACGGGGCGGCGUGGCCUGACCGCGGUGGCUGCUCUCUGGGGACUCUCAGCAGCUAUAUCUGUGGGCCCUCUGUUUGGCUGGAAGGAGCCCGACCCGGAGGAUGAUACAGUGUGCCGAAUUACAGAGGAGCCUGGCUACGCCUUGUUCUCUGCAUUGGGAUCUUUCUAUAUACCUUUGGCCAUCAUCCUGGCCAUGUACUGCCGUGUGUAUACUGUGGCGAAGAGAGAGAUAGAUACCAUCAGGAAGGGCAGUAAGGGAGAGGGAGUUGAGACAGAGGGGGUGAUGCUGAGGAUACACAGAGGGAACAAUGCUGCUCAGGCGGGGAAGCAGGAGGAUGACGAGGGGACCGAGAGGUAUAAACGCUCCACCUUUUCCCUGCAAAGGCUGCUGAAGGUCUCAAGAGAAGAGAAGGCAGCCAAGACUCUUGGCAUUGUUGUCGGGUGCUUCAUUCUGUGUUGGCUCCCUUUUUUCCUGGUUUUACCCAUCGGAUCCUUCUUCCCAUCCUGUAAGCCCUCUGAAACCAUCUUUAAAAUUACCUUCUGGCUGGGUUACCUCAACAGUUGCAUUAACCCCAUUAUCUACCCGUGCUUCAGUCAGGAGUUCAAGAAGGCCUUCCACAACGUGCUCCGCGGUCACUGCCUGAGAACAGCCAAACCACAAGGACACAUCACCACCCAUUCCUCCAGUUCAGGCCCUGUGUCUAAUACCUCUGAGGCCUCAACCCAAAACACUGUCACUGUUUCCUCAUGGCAUUGCUGCUGGGCCCUGUCAGCCUCCCCGUCAUCUGUUCCAGAUCAGGCUCAAAGUGCACAAAUCCAAAACAAGAGUCUGCUCAAGACGUGGUGUUUCUCAGCAAGUCAAACUCCAGUACCACAGAAAUCCUCCACUCACAGAUCAGCUGGUGUCUUACGUAUUUCUCUGGGCAUUAAAGGAGAGGCUGUUUGAUUGGCAUGUUUAGGCAGUUUGGGAAAUCUGAGCAUCCAAUCUUGUACUUCGAUUUUGCCUCAGCAAACAGUAACUCUGUUGCCUAAAGGCUUCAUGUCUGUUUAAACGCCUGGACUGUCAAAUAAAAUAUGAAAGUAACUGAAUAAUAUCCCAUUUACACUCAACAGCCACUGCUGAACUGCUCAUGAACAGGGCACUUGAUGUCAAAUUGUUCAGUAAGAGCUGCUCAUGGCAGCAAGUAGAACAUUGUGAAGUAUGAAUGCACAUGAGAGUUUUGUGGAAAAAAUAAAAUACAAACCUCUUUGGUUAAAAAAAAAAAGGCAAACCAAAAGGCAAUUUUGCAAGUAAAGGCACAAGGUUAGAAGGGAUAGCCACCUGUGUUUGGCAAGGAAUAAAAAAGUUAAAAGCAUCUUAUUUAAGUGACAUUGUAAAAAGAACCUGGUGACCGGAAUUCAGUGAAUUUUAGUCAUAUUGCUGCAGAUUUUGCAAAAUGCCUUAAGGGCGAGCUACUCAUAAGUAAGGUCCAGAAUAAUUAGUAUUCACUGACUGAGAAAAUGGAGAGGCUUGUGCAGGAGUGUGUAUUAUAUGUCUGACCUGAUGUGGGACUAAACACUAACAUCUCUCACAGAGUGAAGUACAGUAUAAUACAGUUUAAUAAAAGUCCUUGAUUCUAGCUCUCUGAAGGGUUAAAUAUUCCUUUCUUUUGUUUUUGUUAGGGCUGUACCAAAUAUGUGUUGGAUCAGCCUUUCAUAUUUUAUACCAUUGCUUGUGUUGUUUGUCGCAUAUAUGAAAAGAUGUCAGAUGCUUUUCCCUUAGUCUUGGUGAUGUUUUAUCCAGUUCUCCAGUGCUGUGUCUCACCAUGCGAAAAUUACAUCAUUUUCUGGAUGUUUGAAACUAAUGCAUGAAUAAUUCAAUCAGCAACUAUCUGAUGUUUAUGUUCUCCUGUAACGUUCAUCUGUAUGUUGCUGCAUUUGCUGAUUCUUGACCACUAGGGGACAGAAUAUCUCUAAAUCAAGAUGACGGACACACAACCCUGACACACUGUCACCUUAUAAAGCUGUUAUGACUAGCGAGCAAAAUAUUAUCCACAAAGUAACACUAACAUCCCAUUUUGAGGCAUGUUUCUGUCAGUUUGCUGAAAAUUAGUCCAACAUUUAAUCUCCUUUUAGCUCUGAUUGGACCUCUACUGAUUCCUGGGGGAAAUAUGUGGCUCCACUUCCUUUCAUGAGCUAGUCACUUGAUUUUUGCCAUUCUGUGCUGGGCAGGUCGUCAAUUUAUCAGUGCCAUAAAACCAAAACAAUGAGCCAAAACCUAGAGGUGGGACAGAUUCUCGGCUGAAUAAAUAGACAGGUGCUCUAUUUUUCAGUGGUGUACAGCGGCCAAAACAUUAAGGGUGACAUUACGAAAGGAAAUACUAAUUUUGAAGAAACCAAUGCUACAAUAGACGCUAUAAAUAUAUAUACUACUGCAACCUUUAAAAGGAUGAAAGAUGAUCACAACAUAUGCCAGCAGACAAUUUGCUUUCAGCAAAGAGGGACAAGUAGACCCUCAUCAAUAUUGGCCAUUAACAUCUCCCUAACCAGUCACAACAAAAACCAAAAGCUUUCCAACAGAUAGAUUUCAUUGCAAGUCUACUGUAUUGGAUUGCAUUGUAUCCUAUGGAUGUCUAUGGUGUUCCAGACCUGUGUCUUUAUUGACAUGAGCUAGUUUCGUUAAUUAGCAAAACAAAAUCCAUCAUAUCACACAAAAUUAUUAAAAAAUACAUUAUUUGUCCAGUGUCAAGAUAAUGUGAAUGCUUCAUUAAAAAACAUGUCAUGAACAGUGAUUUAUAGCCUUAAAAAACAACAUAGCCUUAUCUUUUCUAAAAAGUUGUCACACAUUUCUUCUUAGCUCUUAAUCCUUUGCUUUCCCCUGUUACAAACAGAGUUGUUUUUCCUUUGCUGGGUUUGGAUUAAAGGCCUUUUUUUUUACCCUGCAGACAUAACAGUGAUGAAUACCUGAGAAUGCUUAUCUGUGAAAUGCAGGAUGUUGAAGAAUUUCUACAAGUCAAAUGAUUUGUCAGUUUGCAGUCACCUAAGGUUAGGGCACAAUAGGAAGACUUGCCAUCAUUCUGCAUUGCUGUUUGGGAUUUGUACUUGUAACAGUGGCAUUAUGUACAGUAACUGCUCAGGAGGAUAAUGUCUGUGUUCAAACUCUUGUAAACUCUGUAAGCUCCCAUAGUUUACAUUUAUGUAGCGACUAAACUGUCUCAGACAACUAAUAAACAUGCAGCCCUCAUUUGUGGAGAUUAAGCAGCCAAGGACUCAAUGUUACGCUGCAUUAGGCAACAAGUAGCAGAAGGAGAUAUGCUGACAUUUCAUUAGAGAGGCAUGACUAAAUGCAAUAUACAUAGUUUAUUUAGUAAAUGCCAUGACAUUCCAUGCCUGGACUUAUAUUUCUUUAAAUCUUCAAAAAUGUCUGUUUCAUAUAUAAACAUAGAACAUCUGUUUUGUCCCGUUACUAUUUGCCUAGUUUGAAAUUCAGCACACUCAAUCUGUCCUUGCAUUUUCCUGUUUAAGUUCACGGCGUUACACUGCAUCUGCUGCCUUUUAUUGGCUUUUAAAGACAGUACAGAAAUCUUGAAAACUAAUGAUUCAUAACACACUAUCAGCACUUGGGGGGGAGGGGGCACUAGAAGAGGCAGAAUCAUCAAACUACUGCUUGUUCUCUGCGUGCGCACACCCAAGGCCAAAUGAAUGUGUAUCAGUGUGUGUGCACACCUGUUUGUUUGCUUGCUCGGUUUAACGUGUUUGUUAGGAGCAGUCAGGCCGUGUUGUGUCUUCUUCCAUCAGUUUGGAUAUUACUCAUGGAAAUAAAUGCAUCAGAUUCCUAUUAAACAUGCGGAUGUCAUUUUCAAAAAGCAGCCCAAGAUUCAAACAGUGUUGCAGCAGCCGUCAAAGUAAGGCAAACACUGUCGUGAUAAAUGGAUCCAGGCUCCCAUUACUGGAAAGACAAGCUCGUGCUGUUUAACCUAAUCAGUUGACUUGGCAAAGUGACUGUUCAUUAUAAAUGGCGAUUAUGAUUAAUAACGAUGUUGAACAGGAAGUAAAGCAGAUGACAAGAAUUGCAACUGCAUCAGGAAGUCAAAGAGGCCUCAUUACUUGCAAUGAGGAAAAUAUGGUUUGUGUUGUGUCGAACUGGAAAACUUCCCUGAAACUUCUUCUGAGAGUUUUCUCACAGUUCUUCCAAGUGGCUGAGCACAAGUUUGACAUUUAAUGGACGUUUUUUAGAAGCAUUAGCAUUCCCACUGCAUUAAUAGCUUGUCAAGGUAUGUGAAAAAACUCCAACAGAUUUGUAACUGCACCUAAUCCCCCCCUCCGCUUAAGAACUUAAUGAAAUUCUCUCAUGUGCAAAACGCUCUCAGGUGUAACAUCAUUAUGCAGGUGUCUGCACUGAUGUUUGAGCAACUGAGUAUCCUCCUUGCAAAUGUAACUCCUGGCAUUAGUGUUGUUGCCAAAUGUCUCCACUGGGUUGUU